AAAUAUAUUAACUGCAAAAAAAUGUUUAAAACUUUUUCGAAACUACAAUCCAUUCAACAUUUUCGACGCCUGUAUAUAACAGCAAUAAUUUUGAUAGCUUUGCACCAUGUCGCAGCUCAGAGAUUAUAUGAAGGAGAUACGUGUGCCAUAAAGUCAAUAGGAGGUGUUUGUACUUUAGCAUCCAAAUGUACAACUCUAGAGACUCUAAUCAAGCAAAAACAAAUCACAUCUUCAGAUAUUUUACGCUGUGGAUAUGGAAUAUAUGAGGAAAUAGUAUGCUGUCCAAUUAUUCGAACCAGAGGUCAAUCAGACACAGAAACAACCACUUCGACUACAUCGACUACUACUACCACCAUCCGGACAACUCCAACUAUAUCAACCACUACAACCAAAACACCAACAUAUAUCAUAACCACUCCAACUCCAACUACAACAACUACUACUACCAAAGAACCAACACAUACUAUAACCACUACAGAAAGCUAUUCAGAAACGCCAGCUAAAAAAGCUUGCAAUAUUAUUGAGGCAAAUGGACCUGAUACAAAUGAAUUAGACGACAGCGAACAGAUUCUAACGCAGGGAGAUUUUCGAUUUGUUGGAGAAAUUGGUUUUAAAAUUUUAGAUAAACCAUUGGAACCGGUAUCGUAUGAAUGUACCGGAACAUUGAUUAACUCAAAAUUUGUUCUAACAGCUGCUCAUUGUUUUAAUAAUCGCAGUAAGGAGGCAACAAUGGUUCGGUUUGGUAUAACAAAUUCGUUUCAUGAGGAACAAAUGACAGAUGCAGUUUAUGGAGAAAUAAAUAUAAUUCACUUACAUCCAAAAUAUACACCAGACAUUUCAUUCCACAACAUUGCUAUUGUUGAACUAAACAAUCCAAUAUCAUAUACCAAAUAUGUAUAUCCGAUAUGUUUAGAAACAGAAUAUGAUGACUCAACCGAGUUAAAGCUAAUGGUGUCAUACUGGCAGCCUGGAGCAGUUAGAGAUAAAAAUUUCAAAUUCUUGCUUAGAGCUGUUCAAGCGAAUAUAUCCUUAAGCAGUUGUGAAAAUAGUUAUAUCGCAAAUAGUGCAGCUAGUCAUAUGGAGUCUGAACUUCGUCGCACACAAAUGUGUACCGAAUUUACAAUUUUUAACCAAAAACUUUGCAUUAGUGCCAAUGGUGACCCAUUGUUGACAUUGGACUCAAACAAUAAUUAUCGGGUACUUGGUAUAUUUUCUGGUGCAAGCAAGUGCAACACAAAUUCUGUUACUAACUUAUUUACACGGGUCGAUGCAUACAUAGAUUUUAUUGAGCGUAUAGUCUGGCCUCAAGAAGUGUUAUCAUCUCAACAUAAUGCCGAAACGAAUAUUACUACUGCCACAACCAUCAUUCAGAGUACGACAACUAUUGCCACCCCUUACAUAAUACCAACAACAACCACCACUAUUAAACCCACGACUAAAGAACCGAUACCUACGUUUGAUGAUAAUUUUUCAGAACGAUCAGCUACAAAAGCUUGCAAUCUUAUUGAAGCAAAUGGACCUGAUACAAUUGAAUUAGACGACAGCGAACAGAUUCUAACGCAGGGAGUUUUUCGAUUUGUUGGAGAAAUUGGUUUUAAAAUUUUAGACAAACCAUUGGAACCGGUGUCGUAUGAAUGUACCGGAACAUUGAUUAACUCAAAAUUUGUUCUAACAGCUGCUCAUUGUUUUAAUAAUCGCUAUAAAGAGCCAAGAAUGGUGCGGUUUGGUAUAAGUAAUUCGAAUCAAGAGCAACUGAAGAAUGCAGUUUAUGAAGAAAUAGACGUAAUACAUGUUCAUUCAAAAUAUAUAUUCAACACUUCAUUCCACGACAUUGCGAUUGUUGAACUUAAAAAUCCAAUAUCAAAUACCAAAUAUGUAUAUCCAAUAUGUUUAGAAACAAUGUAUGAGGAUUCGAUGGAUUUGAAGCUGAUGAUGUCUUACUGGGAAACUGGAACGAUUUCAAAUACAAAUGUUACAUUCUUGCUUAAGGCUAAUCAAGAAGAGAUAUCUUUAAAUAGUUGUGAAAAUAGUUAUAUCGUAAGUGGUGUACCUAAUCACAUGCAACAAGAUUUGCAAGAUACACAAAUAUGCACAAAAUUCAAAAUUCCUGAACAAGAAUAUUACAUUAGUUCCAAUGGUGACCCAUUGCUGACAUUGGACUCAAACAGUAAUUAUCGGAUAUUUGGCAUAUUUUCUGGUGCAAGCAACUAUAACUCGGCAAAUUCUUUAACUAAUUUAUUUAUACGGAUUGAUGCAUAUUUAGAUUUUAUCGAGCGUAUAGUCUGGCCGGAUGAAAUACAAUCAUCGCAACACAAAACUUCAACUACAGAACCUUCGUAUUUUAGCACUAUCAAAACAACAACUAUAGAACCGACGCCUAUGUCUACAGUAAACUUUUCAGAACACUUAGCUACAAAAGCUUGCAAUAUUAUUGAAGCAAAUGGACCUGAUACAAAUGAAUUAGAUGAUAGCGAACAGAUUCUAAAGCAGGGAGAUUUUCGAUUUGUUGGAGAAAUCGGUUUUAAAAUUUUAGACAAACCACUGGAACCGGUGUCGUAUGAAUGUACUGGAACAUUGAUUAACUCAAAAUUUGUUCUAACAGCUGCUCAUUGUUUUAAUAAUCGCAGUAAGGAGGCAAGAAUGGUUCGGUUUGGUAUAACAAAUUCGUUUCAUGAGGAACAAAUGACAGAUGCAGUUUAUGGAGAAAUAAAUAUAAUUCACUUACAUCCAAAAUAUACACCAGACAUUUCAUUCCACAACAUUGCUAUUGUUGAACUAAACAAUCCAAUAUCAUAUACCAAAUAUGUAUAUCCGAUAUGUUUAGAAACAGAAUAUGAUGACUCAACAGAGUUGAAGCUAAUGGUGUCAUACUGGCAGCCUGGAGCAGUUAGAGAUAAAAAUUUCAAAUUCUUGCUUAAAGCUGUUCAAGCGGAUAUAUCCUUAAGCAGUUGUGAAAAUAGUUAUAUCGCAAAUAGUGCAGCCAGUCAUAUGGAGUCUGAACUUCGUCACACACAAAUGUGUACCGAAUUUACAAUUUUUAACCAAAAACUUUGCAUUAGUGCCAAUGGUGACCCAUUGUUGACAUUGGACUCAAACAAUAAUUAUCGGGUACUUGGUAUAUUUUCUGGUGCAAGCAAGUGCAACACAAAUUCUGUUACUAACUUAUUUACACGGGUCGAUGCAUAUAUAGAUUUUAUUGAGCGUAUAGUCUGGCCUCAAGAAGUGUUAUCAUCUCAACAUAAUGCCGAAACGAAUACUGCUACUGCCACAACCAUCAUUCAGAGUACGACAACUAUUGCCACCCCUUAUAUAAUACCAACAACAACCACCACUAUUAAACCCACGACUAAAGUACCGAUACCUACGUUUGAUGAUAAUUUUUCAGAACGAUCAGCUACAAAAGCUUGCAAUUUUAUUGAAGCAAAUGGACCUGAUACAAUUAAAUUAGACGACAGCGAACAGAUUGUAACGCAGGGAGAUUUUCGAUUUAUUGGAGCAAUUGGUUUCACAGAGUUCAACAAAGAAUAUGAACCGGUAUCGUAUGAAUGUACCGGAACAUUGAUUAACCCAAAAUUUGUUCUAACAGCUGCUCAUUGCUUUAACAAUCGCUACAAAGAGCCAAGAAUGGUGCGGUUUGGUACAACAAAUUCGAAUCAGGAGCAACUGAUGAAUGCAGUUUAUGGCGAAAUAGACGUAGUACACGUACAUCCAAAAUAUGUAUUCAGCAGUUCAUUUUACAACAUUGCCAUUGUUGAACUUAAAAAUCCAAUAUUAAAUACCAAAUAUGUAUAUCCAAUAUGUUUAAAAACAAUGUAUGAUGAUUCGAUGGAUUUGAAGCUGAUGAUGUCAUACUGGGAAACUGUAACGAUUUCAAAUACAACUGUUACGUUCUUGGUUAAGGCUAAUCAAGAGAAGAUAUCUUUAAAUAGUUGUGAAAAUAGUUACAUCAUAAAUGGUGUACCUAAUCACAUGAAACAAGAUUUGCAAAAUACACAAAUAUGCACAAAAUUCAAAAUUCCUGAACAAGAAUAUUACAUUAGUUCCAAUGGUGAUCCAUUGUUGACAUUGGACUCAAAUGAUAAUUAUCGGAUACUUGGCAUAUUUUCUGGUGCAAGCUACUAUAACUCGACACGUUCUAUUACUAAUUUAUUUACACGGAUUGACGCAUGUUUAGAUUUUAUUGAACAUAUAGUCUGGCCGGAGGAAUCAUUUUCCAGUCAGACUGUAUACUGGUUUUCUGGUUAAUUCUGAUUGUAUGCUGCCGGAUUACAAUCCUGCAAGUAUAAGUAAUUUUAUAUAGGUUUUUAUUUGUA